CAGAGAAGAGCAGAAAGGAACAGAUCUUCACAACGCAGUGCACAUGACUGCACAGUGACUCUUCUAACCCUUUAAUUUCACUUCCACCCUUUAAUCAAUGGAACGGCGGAUUGUUCUCCUGGGGAAGACCGGCUCAGGCAAGAGUGCAACUGGAAACACCAUCCUUAAUGGAAAAUAUUUUAAAGUGAAACCUUCUCCUGUGUUAGUGACUACAAAAUGUGAAGUGAAAACAAGUGGGCACAUCAGGGUCAUUGAUACACCUGGCAUGUUUAACACAUUGCUAACGCCAUAUAAAUUAAGAAAAGAAAUGGAUCAGUGUAUAAGCAUGUCAGCUCCUGGUCCUCAUGUGUUCCUGCUGGUGGUCAAACUGGGCAGAUUCACAGAAGAGGAGAAGAACGCAGUGAAGUGGAUUAAGGAGAACUUUGGAAAACAAGCCUUGCUCUACACCAUUGUUCUGUUCACUCACACUGAUCAGCUUGGACAGAGGACACUCGAUGACUUUUUGGAAGAGAGUCUUGAUUUAAGGCAACUCCUCAGCAGCUGUGGAAAUCGAUAUCUUGCAUUUAACAACAAUGAUUCCAGUCCUUCCCAGUUAGAGAGCCUGAUGCAGAAGAUAGAACACAUGAUUAUGAUGAAUGAGAAGCAGUAUUACACUAGUGAGAUGUACCAGCAUGCUCAGAGAAAGAUCCAUGCUGGUGAAAUGUUUACUUUAGGCAUUGCUGCAGCUGUAGGAAUAACUGCAACUGCAGGACUAGCAGCUUUAGGAUUAUUAAUCAGAAAAUGAAUACAGUGUUCGCCAAAACAUAAUGAAGGUCAAUACUCAAUCUCAUUUCCAAACAGCUAGACCUGAAAAUAUCAAAUAUCCCAGAGCAAUAGAGAGCAUUACAUUACGAAACUUAUUCCUGCUCUUUUUAUGUACAUGAACUGGAUUUUUAUUAGUUUAUUAGAUUCCUCUGCAUGCUAUUUUCUUAAAUGUACUCAGUAGUUUGGACAUAAUGCCUGCUUUAUAACACAUUUGUCUCAUUAGCAUUUUGUUUAAUGUUAUGAUUAAUUAAGACUGCAAAAAAAUUACAAAAUGUAUGGUGUACUUUUAAAGUACUUUUAACCCUUUCCUGUAAGAUGUGGAAUACCUCGAAGUAAUAUUUGGAAAAUGGUAAAAAUGUAUGUAAUUUUAAAUUAUUAAAAAAGUAAAAAUGUGGAAAUAUUCUUCAACAUAUUAUGCAAAAUUUCUUUUGCAUAAUUUGCAUUUUGGUGACCUCUACGUAUGUAAGGGCAC